CCGGCAUGCACCGGGUUCAUCAAAAUGGCCGCCUGGAGGCGCUGAAAAAGGAUGGAAAUGGAGCUGGAGGAGUAGAAAGAGAGGGAAGCGGAGCUAAGGAUGUGGGAGGAAGCGGCAGGCGGAGGCUCGGUGACCCUGCUCUGCCUCACGGCCAGCAGCGGAGUGCCUCUGUACUGCAGGAGCCGGGGAGGCUCUGCCAAGCAGCAGCAGCUCCCAUUCUCUGUCAUCGGCUCCCUGAACGGAGUCCAUAUGUUUGGGUCCAAUCUGGAAGUCCUGCUGACAGCGGCCGCUACGGAGAACACGCGUGUGAUGUGGAAGGUGUUUCACAACAGUAUCACCCUCAUUGUUUUGUCCUCGGAUGAAGGUACAAGUGACUUUAGCCUUGGGAGACUCCUUGACAAUGUCUUCAAUGCCAUGGUGAGUAGUUGAAAGGGAUGGGAUGCUACCUUAGCCUAUAUCUGCAAACCUGUGAAACAAAGUCAAUUACUGGGAUGAUAAAUAAUUUUGG